GUUUCCUCAGCCCUACAGGAGCGGACUCAGACUGCACCCGCGGAAUCUCCAAGAUGCUCGACUUUCGGCAUCGAGCGAGAUGCCAUUGGAGGUGCUAUGUCUGUGAAGUUGGUAAGCUGGGCAGAACCCCUCAAGCUCACCCCUGUUCCCGUGGAUCUGGUGGAGAGGAAUGCAAAGAUUCUGAAAGAUUUGUACCAGUCUGCCAGGGUCCACCUGCCACCACAGAUGGAAUGGAUGUUUCUAGCCAACCUCAUCCAGCAGUACACGGGCCCUGUUGAAGAAAUCUUUGAUCAGGUGACUUUCUAUGAAUCGAAGCAACAGGUGUAUUGGAAGCAUCAUCUGAAGAAGUAUUUCACCACGAAACCCACCGACCCUGCAGUGCAUCGGUACACCCUGCUCUUCGCACACGGCACGAACUCAGGUGGCGCAGAGGGGAUUAUUAACUCCAGGUACUUGGCCCCUGCAACUCUUGCAGACGGCCCGUCCGCUGUAGGCGGACAGGAUGCUCAGCAAGCCUGCAUGAUCCAUGCGGCAGUACACUUCAAAAGGGAUCGGAAGUGGCUGCUUCAUUCGGACUUGACCACAGUCUCCAGCGUGGUCAUUGCAGUCAGGAAGCAGUUCCAGCCACGACGUGACAAGCUGGGGCGUCCAUUGUUUCACUUAGGUAUCCAAUCAUGUGCACAUGUCUUUGAGCUCGCAAGGUCCGUAGCUGUUCGUCAUCAUGUCGCGACGUUGGGAUUCUCGUUCGAGGACUCCUCUCAGGUCCCAUCGCAGAGGCAAUCCACUCAGGAAUGGGACACCACCAAGCUUUAUGGUUUGACAUUGCCGAAGCAUGUGGUUGUUUCGGGGGGCGUUUCUAACUGGGCUUUACGGCAAGUGGCACAUGGUCGCACAGUACAAUGGGAGAACUUUCGUUCGAGGCAGGAAGCAAUUUUCUGUGGUGUGAUGACGCGAGCUCUUCGCUCGGAGCAGGCGGAACAGGAAGGCUCGGAUUUCGUCACCAUUCUCAAUUCCUGCCAGAAGAAGUUCCAUCCUGAAUCUGAUUUGCAUGAUUGGAAUGCUCGUUACAACACCAUCAAGCGCCUUGCCGAUGAUCUAGUUAAAGAAUUUCGAAAGAAAGCCCCUGUGCAGGCCAAUCAAACUUUGCUGAUGAGACUUCAGAGCCUGGAGUCUGAGAAUGCUCGUUUGAAAGGUCUAGAAGAUCCAGACGGACCCUUCGACAAGGACUCUCAGCCUCUUGCAGCCGAAGCCACCAGCAUUCGCAAUGUUAACAGUUGGCUUGCAUCCACAGCUUUAGGCAAGGGCAAGAAUCGGGCGAUUGACACGGCAGUCGAUGAGGUCGUUGCAGCUUGUUCUAAACUGGACGACGGCCAGAAGAAACCGGUGGAUAGGAUCGCGGUGGAUUGGGGCCUUUCAGUUGGCCUUGCAGCCAAACUCAGCGAGAAGUGCUUGAUUCGAUUGAUCGCAGGUGAGGUUCGACGGAUCGUACAGUUCAUUGUUACGACAGAGAGAGUGAACUUUCCACCCUUGCAUCUGCCUUCAUUCAAGAUGGUCGAGGUCAAGAUCCUUCCAGCUUCUCCCUUGGCAGAUCUCAACUUGAAUGACACUACUUUUCUUCCAGAGAAGCAGUGGCAACGAACAGCCGACAAGGGAGCAGAUCAACAGGACCUAUCACGGCAGGUUUGGCGGGAUCUCAAGACCUUGACAGGUACCACGUUCAAUGUACUGUCUGUACAACAGGCCAUUCGUGUGAUGUGGCGUUCCAUGAUGAACCAUCAGGCCACAGAACCAGUGGUCAUGAUACAGCAGGCUCUCGAUUUUACUUUGAUGUUGCUUCAGGACAAGUGGGGACAACCAUGGCAGCAGCAAUCUGUACAGGUGUCUUUACGAAACAAGGACCCUCAUCUCAGAGUGUUUCGAGGACAACGCAGGUUUGCAGCUCGUCAGACCAAGACCCUACACUUAGAGGACCUUCCGUCUUUGGUAGCAGCUUCUUCCAAUGUGGUCACUUCACUUUUCGACAGAUACAAGGUGCAAGCAUGGGUUCAGCUCUUGCACCCGUUCUGUGUACUCUGGUGGCUUCCACUACAGAGUAUAUUUGGCUGCAUAGUUUUCGUGUCUUUGUGCAGAACAUAG